AUGAGCUUGCAGCAGAUGAUGUUGCUCGAGAAGAAAGCGAUUUUACGGGAAAACAUGAAGUUUGUGGCGGCUGUGCUGGCAGCAGUGUUAGGAGCAGAGAUAUGCCUGGGAGUAAUGCGACUGCUAGCCCACGGCAUGUACCACGCGCAGCUAUGCCGAAUCCAUGUGUUAUUCAAUUUACAACUUGUUAUGUGCAUCUUCUCACUGAUCAUUUAUAUUCGAAUCGACGAGUAA